GAAAAGGGUCCACCUCAGCGCACCGUAGCACUGACCCUCUUUCGUCAAUGCCACUCUCCCGCGAGAGAGAGGCACCAAAUAUGAGAAAGCGUUUCUCCAUUUUCGUCUUCCUCUAGAGAGCUCUCUCUCUGGGAGCCUCCUUGAUUCCGAUUCUGCCCUCCACUACUCCCUAAAUUCCCUAUCUGUCCCUACCGUAUGGCUCCGGCCAACUCCUCGGCGGCGGCGGCUCAGAGGCUCAUCGGCUUCAGCCGCCGCACACAAGCCCCGCGCCAGUCGCCGUCGCCGCCGGCCUCGCCUCCGGUCAAGAAGUAUAAGUCAUUGGCCGAGAUAAUGGCCAAGGCACGGUAUGCUGUCGUUGAGAGGGAUGAUUACAGUGACGUGUUGUGUGAUCAAUGCGGCUCUGGUGAACGCCCGGACGAGCUGCUUUUGUGUGACAAAUGCGAUAAAGGCUUCCAUAUGAAAUGCGUGAGGCCCAUUGUUGUGAGAGUUCCUAUUGGAUCAUGGCUUUGCCCUAAGUGUUCGGGGGAGAAGAGAGUAAGAAGUUUUUCUCAGAAGAAGAUAAUUGAUUUUUUCCGGAUUCAGAAAUGUGCUGAUCUUAAAAACAAGUGCUCUUCUCCCCAAGAUGCCAAGAAGCGUAAAAGGCGUACAUCACUGAUAUUGCAAAAGAAACGAAGAAGAUUAUUGCCAUUUAUUCCUACAGAAAAUCCUUGCCAGAGACUGAAACAGAUGGGUUCUCUUGCUGCUGCUUUAACAGCAUUGCAUAUGGAAUUCAGUGAUGAUCUCACAUACUCGCAUGAAAUGGCUCCUAGGUCUGCUAAUCAUGCCGAUUUUGAAGAUGGUGGCAUGCAGGUUCUUUCCAGGGAAGAUAUUGAGACCUUGGAACACUGCAGAGCAAUGUGUAGAAGAGGACAAUGCCCUCCCCUUAUGGUUGUUUAUGAUUCAUGUGAAGGGUAUACAGUAGAGGCAGAUGGCUCAAUAAAGGAUAUGACGUUCAUUGCUGAAUACACAGGCGAUGUGGAUUACAUUAAGAACCGAGAACAUGACGACUGUGACAGUCUGAUGACCCUUUUAUUAGCAACUGAUCCUUCUAAAAGUCUUGUAAUCUGCCCUGAUAAACGUGGAAACAUUGCUCGCUUUAUAAGUGGCAUCAACAAUCAUACACAGGAAGGUAGAAAGAAGCAGAACUGUAAAUGUGUGAGUUGAGAUGCAUGAGAAAGAUUAACAUAUAAGGCUUUUAAGUAUAUCAUAUCCUUUGUGCACUGAGAUCCCUUCAAAUUGGCCUGGAAUUCAACAUGAGGUGGGUCCUCUCCCCACCCCCCUCCCCGAAGAAAAGAAAAAGCAGCAUGAGGCGUGCUUAGCUUUGUUCUCACUUCCCUGAAUUUUGGAAAAUAAAUGAUGAUUUUAAGUUUCUUACUCUGAUGGAAGAUAAGAUGCUUUUUUGGUUAUCUCAACUUGGAAGUUAGGGUUUUAAUAUGAGUUUUUUUUUUUUUUAAAAAAAAGAGUUCUCAGAUAGGGAUUCUUGUGAAUAGGCUGAUGCUAUUUCUCCUCAUCUGUUUUUCUUUUUUCUUUUUUGGGGUAUUAUAAUGCUAUACUAUUCUGGUUUACCUAGG